CUUUACCUGUCCUUUCACUUGUGACAAAUCAUCGCUAAAAAUAAAUUACGCUGACAAUAUGACUCACAAGCAAGUCGGUUUAAGUUUUAUCUGCAUUAGCGUAUGCGGUAUUGAUUACCUUGCUACGUGCGCCAGUUGUAUUAGGCUACUGGAUGUUCCGCUCCAAGAUGUAACACUUAUAAAACAUAAAGACUGUUAAAAUAUAUUGUGUUAAAGUUUCAGGUUGGUCGAGUAUUGAUUUGAAAUGUAAUAUUGUAAAAGAUAUAGUGGUACGUGACAUAUUGUGCGUUUGUUUACCGAUUCGUGUGACCACAUUAACGCAGAGUGAAGCAGUGUCAGUGUUAAUUAGGAUUAUCCACCGAAGUGGACUAGAGGCAAUCUUUUGCUGAAGGGCUGUUGCAAAACAUGCUCGAAGGACCAAGUUAUUAAUACACACUAUAUGUUUUAAUUUGAAUGGAUAUGCAUCUCAAUAUAAAUCAAUGGACCCAAACGUCAGUGAAAUCGACUUUCAUGUCUACCACAUCAACUUCAUCUGGCUAUGCGAUCGUUUCUGCACCAGUGGCAGUGAAAACAAGGAGAUCGACCUCCCGUAGCAAGCUGCAACCCGAGGUGUUUGAGCCCACUCCUGAUUAUAGCGAGGACGAAAGUGAACAUGAGCAACCAAAAGUUCAUAAAGCCGACAAAGAGAGUUCAAACUCAGCGCAACAUGAAAGCGAAGCAUUUUUGCAGAGUCAGGCCCAGAUGACUCGACAGAGCACCUCCAAUGGAAGGAAGUUUCGUGAAUCUUCGGCUAGCACCAAGCCUCUCCUAGCUCAGAAUUCCUUUUCGGAUACAGCCAGCGCUACAAACGACUGCCCGCCUAUUCACGCCGUUGUGCGUCUGAAACCUGGGCGCCAUGACAUAUCCAUAGAGGUAAGAAGCCACCCACAAUCCCCGAAGUCAGAGAAUAGCGAACGGCCAAUCCUAGUAAAGACAUCUUUGAAAGAGCGCAAAAAGUGCUGUACAUUGCCAGUGAAGAUAAUGGCGUCGAUAUUGGCUGUCGUGAUUGUGGCUGUGACUGUUUACUUGGUGAUACACUUUACCAUUUUGUAUAAGCAUUCCCAUUAGAUGCACUAGCUACCGUACACUAAGUGCAAUGCGGUUUGCAGCAAAUGUAUACACUGACCAUUAUGCGUUCUUGAUAAAAUCGCCAUCGCCUCGGCACCAUUGAAACAACAUGCAACUAGAAAUGGCGCGGCAGAGGCCGACGCGUAUCCCCACGCCGCAUGUUUGACCCAGGGGCGCCCCAUGGUUGGUAAUGGGUCCAUGCAUAAUUGAGAUUGACCGUAUUGUCAUAAGAGAAGUUCAGUAUCAAUUAGAAGUGAAUCGGUGUAGAAAUGAAGAAAUUAUAGUAAAAGACAAUUUUGGGUGGGUGUGGCCUAUUAUGGGCGGGGCGCCCCAGGGUUGGUAAAGGGUCCAUACAUAGUUGAGAUUGACCUUAUUGUCAUAAGGGAUAUUAAGUAUCAAUUUGAAGUAAAUCGGUGUAGAAAUGAAGAAAUUAUAGUAAAAGGCAAUUUUGGGUGUGCAUGGCCUAUGUGGGCGGGCGCCCCAGGGUUGGUAAUGGCGCCAUGCAUAGUUGAGAUUGACUGUAUUGUCAUAAAAAAGGUUCAGUAUCAAUUUGAAGUGAAUCGGUGUAGAAAUGAAGAUACUAUAGUAAAAGGCAAUUUUGGGUGGGCGGGGCGCCCCAGGUUUGGUAAUGGGGCCAUGUAUAGAUGAGAUUAAAUGUAUUAACAUAAGAGAGGUUCAGUAUCAAUUUGAAGUGAAUCGGUGUAGGAAUGAAAAAAUUAUAGUAAAAGGCAAUUUUGGGUGGGCGUGGCCUUUGUGGGUGUGGCCUAUUAUGGGCGGGGCGCCCCAGGAUUGGUAAUGGGGCCAUACAUAGUUAAGAUUGACCGUAUUGUCAUAAGAAAGGUUCAGUAUCAAUUUGAAGUGAAUUGGUGUAGAAAUGAAGAAAUUAUAGUAAAAGGCAAUUUUGGGUGGGCGUGGCCUAUGUGGGCGGGGUGCCCCAGGGUUGGUAAUGGGGCCAUGCAUAGCUGAGAUUGACCGUAUUGUCAUUAGAGAGGUUCAGUAUCAAUUUGAAGUGAAUCGGUGUAGAAAUGAAGAAAUUUUAGUAAAAGGCAAUUUUGGGUGGGCGUGGCCUAUGUGCCCGGGGCGCCCCAGGAUUGGUAAUGGGGCCAUGCAUAGUUGAGAUUGACAUUAGUGUCAUUAGAGAGGCUCAGUAUCAAUUUGAAAUAAAGCGGUGCAGAAAUGAAGAAGUUAAUGUAAAAUAACAUAAAAAAUGAGUGAAAAUCUCUGACCCGGCCCCGCCCCAACCCCGAUAACUUUUGACCCAGGGGUCAGAUCAAAAUUCCGUCACUGUCACCGUCGCACAUAUGCUCAUAGCUACCAUGUAUGUAAGUUUCAAGGUUCUUGUGCUAAUAGUGUAGGAGGAGCAGGUGGCCAGGACGGACGGACGGACGGACAGACGCACAUCAGUACAAUAUCCCCACUUUUUCUCCGAAAAACGUGGGGAUAAUAAACGAUGCUGGAAAUUAUAAACCGGCCAUAAUCAUCUAUUUAAUAAACUUACCAGCCACUCUAAACCACUGAAACAACUGCAGGUAACGAAGCUGUAAGUUAUAAACCGGCCAUAAUCAUCAAUAAGGAUAAACUUACCAGCGAUUAUCAACCAUUGAAACAAUCUGUAAUUAACGAGGCUGCCAAUAAUAAAAUUGUCAUUAUCAUCCACUGGAUAAACUUACAAGCAGAUCUCUACCAUUGACACAAUGUGCGAUGAACGAUGUUUCAAAUUAUAAAAGACCCAUAAUCAUCUACUGGAUAAACUAACAAGCGGAUCUCUACAAUUGACACAAUGUGCAAUGAACCAUGGAACGAUGCUGCAAAUUAUGAAAAUGCCAGCAUACUGUACUGUAUUAACUCACCAUCGACCAUCAAUAAUUGGAACUAUGUGCUAUGGACAAUGCUGCCAAUAAUAAACUGGCCAUUAUCAGCUGAUAUAUGAAAAUAAUUAGAUACUCUCCACAAUUGUCAAUGAAAACGAAAUCCCAAUAAUUCUGCAAUUGUCAUCAUCUUGAUGUUGUGGUUCACUUACUUUUUGCCAAUGUUUCGUGACAUGAACGAUUGACGCAACAUUAAUUGGACCGAGUUGCUCAAAAGUUUAACGCCCGAUUAAGCCAACGACCAUUAAUUAAUGUUUAUAUCAAGUUAUUUAUGCCUAUUAAAUUUGAACAAUUUGAACAAACAUGUAUACUUCAAUAAUAUUAAAAAAAAUACACGGUUGCCUGCCGUUUUUUUUUGUUACUUUCUGAAUUAAACAGGUUGCAAGCUUAAAUGGUCGUUAAACAUUUUAUCCUUAGCAAAAUGUCGGUAUAUAUCCACAAUAAUUUUACUAUCACUUUUCUACGAAUCACAAACUUAAACAGUUAUUUACAAUAUAUGCAUUACCCUUUUUGGCAGAGUAAAGAUCAUUGUUACAAAUAUUGUAGGGAGCUAUAGAUCGUUUUAAGGAGAACUAGAACAUUCCGUAUUGUCUUGUUUGUAUUGAUAGUAGUGUUGUUAUCUUGUGUAUGUAAAUAUCCAAACGCUUUUUACUGGUAAUGUAUAGCGAUUUAUCGUAUUCAACGUCUUCAAUGUCUAUACAUACGACUGUUUGUAUAACGAGAUGUAGUCAGUUUAUGGACAUUAGGAGGUCAUUCCAUGUACGUGGUUCGAGUGUUAAUUUUCUAAAACUGUCAAAUAAUGUGUGCGGUUAGCAUAAACAUCAAUGAGGACACUGUAGAAGGGCAAAGACACAUAGUUACCUCUUGAAGCGCUUGAUUACACACAUCUUUAUAUAGUAUUCAGAAAAGAGUAAUAGAGCUAAGGGUGUUCAUUUUUCUUUAUAUAUUUUGCUAUGUAUGUUUACUAUUAGUGUGGUGUUUUAGACAUCAUACACAUGAUAUUAAAUAUUUUAUUAUAUGA